UCCUAUUGAAAGUUUUCUUACAAUGAACUUCAAUCACCUAUUUUUUGAUAAUAACAAUAAAGUCAAUUAUGAUCCAUCUCAAGAAUUACCCACUUAUUCAAUUGAAGAUAUUAAAUCUGUAGAUGCCUAUCUUGAAAUAAAUUAUGCGACUGAAUACAAAAAAGUUAAUAGAGAAUUUCCGCACUAUAAAACUUUACGUGGUCUUAUUAGUAGUCAAGUACAGAAACUUUUUGAAGUCGUUGAAAGACAUGAAAGACGCUAUUGGGUAGGGACAUGGCGGUUACUUGAAUUUCUUCAUGUAACUCAAUGCCCUGCUAUGAUUCUUGUCAAAUCUGGACUUACAGCAAAUUAUUUUAUGUCUACAAUUAAUGGAGAGUACGAUAAAUUUCUUCAAAGUCUUUUAAAAGAUAAACAAGUUGUUCACCAACCUCCUAAAUUUGAUGCAUCUGUAAUACAAAAAAUUAUAGACCUAG